ACCAGAGGUUUUUGCUGCAGUAGGUGAGUUUUCAAGCAGACACCAUGUGCACUGGGAAGUGCUCCCUCUUCAUUGCGAUUACACUCUACCCUCUGGUUCUUCUGUCCAUCAUCUGCAACAUUUUGCUGUUCUUCCCUGGCUGGUCCACCCAGUAUGUCAAAGAAGGACACAUCACUGAUGAGGUGAAGUACAUGGGGGGAUUCAUCGGAGGUGGUGUUCUGGUGCUGAUCCCUGCACUGUACAUUCACUUGACUGGAGAACAAGGUUGCUGUGCAAAUCGCUUUGGGAUGUUCUUUUCCAUCAUAUUUGCGGCGGUGGGCGCUGCAGGAGCCGUGUACAGCUUCAUCGUGGCAAUGCUUGGCUUCUCUAACGGACCUCUCUGCAAAACUGCCAACGGCAUUUGGGAAACCCCUCUUAAAGAAGGCAACCUGGAACAUUUGUUAAAACAUAUGGUGGACAAAUGCGAAGAGCCGAAAAACGUGAUUCAGUUCAACAUGGGUCUGUUCGUCACCCUGAUGGUGGCCAGCAUUCUGCAAGGGAUUCUUUGUGCCAGCCAAGUUAUCAACGGCCUCAUCGGAUGCAUCUGUGGAACCUGCAACAAAGAGGAACCCCAAGUUUAAGGACAGGAGGCUUUCAAGAGGCUGUAUUCAUGUAGCAUCAUCAUCUGAUGUAUGUCUGGAAUCAAGCUCUUCAUUUCCUUUGUAGAAACUGCUCAAUUUAAUAUCAAUCUCUCCAACUGUGUGAGCUUUUUCACUUCCAUAUUAUUCUAAAGGCUUUACACUUUUGCAAAUGCACAUGCAAAAAAAGAACAUUGCUUUAAAGAGUUUUAAAAUGUGGUCCGUUUUGCUCCUUAUCCAAAUAUAUUUGAAGGGUUAAUAAAAAUUGGCUCCUGGUUUUAAGGAUGUGUUUUAUAUUGCAUUUUCUUUUUCUCAUGUUUGAAUAAGUUUCAAUAAAGCUUUAGAUGAAAUCUUGCAUCAAAUGCCUGCUCUGUGUUUCGCAGUAAUGAAUAUUAGUUAAUUGUACGUUUGCAAAAACUUAUGGAACAAAGUUAAUUC